AACAUCCUAUCAAGUGACUGCGUGCAACCUUUCACGCAUGCUUUGAGCAACUUGAAUCCUCAGUAGGCGCACACGACAACAAGGGAGCGCACCCGGCCAACUGACAGGCAACCCGUUGCCCAUUUGUUUAGUCCCGUCAUUGACGCGACAAUGUCAGAACCGGAACCGCGCCGAUCGGUCAGGGCCACCAAAGGCCAGCACAAGGCAUUGGAGCAGCUCGACCAGGCCAUCGAGACACCGAAACGUCGCGGCGGAAACAAAAAGACCAAGAAGACGGCACCCGAGCCAGAAGAGCCUGAAGAAGAGAUCAUCCGAUGCGUCUGUGGCGCUACAGAGCAAGACGAAGACUCGGGAGAGCCGUGGAUCGCAUGCGAUCAGUGCGGCGCCUGGCAGCACAACAUCUGCAUGGGCAUGAGCCAGUACACAGAGGAUCUACCUAAGGAGUACUUCUGCGAGCUGUGCCGGCCGGAAAACCAUCAGGAGCUGCUUGCCGGGAUCGCCAAGGGCGAAAAGCCCUGGGAAGCUCGCCGCAAGGCAUACGAGGAACAGAAGGCCGAGAAGAAGAAGAAAGGCCCCAAGAAGGGCAAGAAGCGGACGAGCGACCUCAAGGAAGAUGCUUCCCAGAAAUCGAAGCAGUCACCGCCUCCUCUUCCUGAGCCGAAAAAGGAACCAAAAGGAGCUGGCUUGAAGCGGAAGAAUGGCGAGGUUGCGCAGGAUAAGGACCCCAAGAAAAUGCGCAAAGGUACCGAAGCACAGCAAGUUCCAGUCCCGGAGUACUCGCCUCCCGAAGACAUUCCUGCGAAUAUCUCUGGCUUGCCAGACUCGCGCCAAGGCCCAGCAAAAGCUCUCUCGAAAUCUUUGGUUGCCUCGCUUGCGGUCGCUGAGAAAAACGGGAUUAUUCCGGCCGACGGUGUCUCGAAAGCCGACCGCGCCGAGAAGUUCGCGCUUCAAAUCGAACGUGCCGUCCAUGACACUCACCCGACCACAAGCUCAUAUGCUGGCCAGAUCCGGACCCUGGCCUUCAAUCUCAAGAGCAACCCCGAGCUCACCGCCAGGUUGCUUGCACAGACCUUGACGCCUCCAAUGCUGGCGUCGAUGUCUACGGAAGAGCUGGCGUCCAAGGAGCUCCAAAAGGAGACGGCUGAGAUGCUGGCUAGGGCAGAGAAGCAAGCCAUCAAAAUCACAGAAGACAUUCCGCGCGUAAGGAGAACUCACAAAGGCGAUGAGAUCAUUGACGAUGAUCACUUCAUUGCCAGCGAGGACGUUCCUUCUGCCCCAGUCAGCAGGCCGAGCGCCCCCAAGCAGGAGUCCAAGGAUACGCCCGAGUUCCCACCGCAGUCCAGACAUCGCUCGGUUAGCGGUCCGGCCGUUGAUAGCCAGCAGUCACCGAGCAGGUCCGAUUUUGAUCUAAACAAGGUAUUUUCGAGCGUCAAGCCACCCUCACAUCCCCAAGGACAGCCACGCGCAUCCUUUGCUGCCGCCCCUUCAACUGGGCCCGGCGACGAUCCCGAUGUUGAUCGCUUGCUCGACGACGGCACCCAUUCACCCCCGUACUCGCCUAAGGAGGAGGACAACGAUCCGGAUGUUGUGUGGCGAGGAAAUCUCAUCAUGAACACCAUUGCCGAAGUUCAAGUCGCAGCUAAGCAUAUGGGAGGCGCCAACCUAAGCGAGACGAUCAAUCUCCCCUGGGAUAAAUUGCUGCCGCGGAACCUGACCGUGUGUGGCCGGAUUGACGAACAGCAGGCCAUUGUGUACCUUUGCGGCCUGCGAUAUAGCUUGCCCACCGACGUCGUCGUCGUCAGCCUCGAGCCGACAACUCCAGCAGCAAAGGCAGGGAUGAACAAGCUCAUUGACUACUUUGUCUCGAAGAAGAGGUACGGCGUGGUCGGAGACAAAGGGGUUGCCAAUGUUCGCGACACAUACCUUGUUCCAGUGCCCGCCGGCACCGGCAACCAACCGGAGUUCAUGCUGAAUUUGGCGGACAACUUCAUUCCCGAAACAAGGUCGGAGCCCAUGAUGCUCUGCGUCAUCGUCUACCGGAAUGACCCCGAGACCAUUCAGCGAAUCCACGGGACUACGAACCCCAUGGGGACGCAUCAGGCUGCUCCGCGGGGCCCAGGAGCAGCUUCACAGUCCCCUGGGACACCAACGCCAACUCAGGGCGGGUUCCCUCCUACGGGACGACAAUCAGUUUCCGCACCAGCCUUCUCGCCAACUUCUUCCCAAGGCGCUUUCUCGCAAUACCCUUCGCCGAGAAUGGCUACUCCUGUGCAGCAGCAGCCCCCACCGCACGCUCCCGCUCCACAGCAGCAACCGAAGCAGGCGUCAACGAUAGAGGAGUUGCAGCGCCAAGGAGAGGCUACUGCUCGUGAAGUUCUUGGACAUCUCAUUACCAGCCCGACCGUAAGCUUCCUGCUUCCGCAGGCGCACUGCAUGUCGCGGAAGGAGUGGGAGGUGAUCAAGAAGAUAUACGAGAAAGAUCCAAGGACUCGCGACGAGCUCCCGUAUUUGAGCACGAUACUCGAGAGGGAGGGCCAACAACAACAACAGCGGGAGGCAUCGCAGUCUCGACCUCAAUCUCAGGUUCAGCCCCCCCCGCCACAUCCACAGCAACAAAACCGCGCCCAGUCUGAACAGCAGCUUCAAGGGCAACCUCAGCCCCAGCCUCAGCUUCAUUCCCAGCACCCACCCCCAGUCCGGACGACCCCUAUCCCGCCUCCGCCGAUUCCUCCAGCUCCUGCAGCCGGGCCGCCAAAGCAGACACCGAUCCCACCGCCCCCGAUUCCGCCCCAAGCAACAACAAAUUCUGGGCCCCCGCCGGCUUAGAGAUCUGGGGAUGAGCAGGAUGAAUCCGCUCCGCUACCGAGGCCCAGGCCGGACACCAUGUCUGCUCCCUCAUCAUGUACUAGUGCUCCCUCUUCAACAUUGCCGAUACGGUCAGCUUCUCCUAGACCAAAAGAAAAUCGACCCCCGAGUUCCUCACACGUGUCCCCCAAUUUGUGCUGUCAUGAUUUACUCUUAGCCUCAGCUCGUCCCACCCAGUUCUCUGAGUUCUCUCAUUGUGCUCGUUCACCUUCUCCCCCGCCGUUAUCACCGAGGCCGCC